GCUUCCCUCUGUCUCAGUUCCUGCACAGUCUCAAGAGGCAACACCACACAACCCUGGCAUUUCAUUCUCUUCAUCCUUCCAUGCCUCCUCCCUCUCUGUCUUUAUGACUGAAACAGAAUGGAUUGGAUAUUGACCCUCACUUUGUGUCUGUGUACAGUGUCUCAGCCAGCUGUGACUUUCAAUGUCGAUCCUGUUGCUUGGAAAUCUUUCAUCAAUCCUGCGACUGCUUUUGGGUACAGGGUGAUACAGACAAAGGCAGACAGGUUACUUGUUAGUGCUCCUUUAAAUUACUACACUCAAAACAGGAAAGGGACCGUUUAUGACUGCAGCGUUGGAUCUUCAACAUGCUCUCAAAUAUCAAUACAAGUGCCCAAUCAUGGAGUAAACAUGUCUCUUGGAUUAUCAAUGUCAAAAGAUCCAAAGUCAUCAAAAACAUUGGUUUGUGGACCCACAAUACCCAGACAGUGUCCAUCUAUCACUACCUACAAUGGGAUGUGCUUUCAGCUCAGUGAAAGUUUCAGUGUCAGUAAAUCUGGACUACCUCCAAAUCUCAGAGCUUGUCCGAAGGGUACAGAUAUUGUGUUUUUAAUGGAUGGUUCAGGCAGUGUUAGUGAUAAUGACUUUGCACAAAUGAAAUCAUUUGUAAUAAAUAUGAUUUCACAACUCCUAGGACGCAACAGUCAGUUUGCAGUCAUGCAGUAUUCUAGCGACUUUGAAAUCCAUUUUGACUUCAAUCAGUUCAAAAGGAACAGUAACGCGUGGAGGGGCUCGAUAGCUGCUAUACGGCAACAGAAAGGAGUGACACGCACUGCAACAGCCAUUCGGACAGUUGUUCGUGAGCUUUUUGGGUCUACGCGUGGAGCGCGGCCAGAAGCCAAUAAAGUCUUGUUGGUCAUCACUGAUGGGGUGACUUAUUUAGAUCCCCUUUCCCUGCAUGACGUCAUUCCAGAGGCUGAGUUAAAAGGCAUCAUUAGAUAUGCUAUAGGGGUGGGUCAGUCAUUUAACCCAAAUUCCCAGGGGAGAGCAGAGCUGGAAACCAUAGCCUCCAAACCUACUGUUAACCAUUUGUUUCCUGUAAGCAGUUUCCAAGCACUGGAUAAACUCAGAGAUACUCUGCAAAAGAACAUUUUUGCUAUUGAGGGUACCCAGACUGGUGAAUCAUUUGAUAUGGAGUUGGCUCAGGAAGGAUUUAGUUCAGCUUUGUUGUCCUCGGGGGCGAUUCUGAUGGGAACAGUGGGGGCAAAAGGCUGGCAAGGAGGUUACCAGAAAUUUCCGUCAAACAGAGGGAGUCCUGCUUUUGACAGCAGCAGCAAAAAUGAAUCAGACAGUUAUUUGGGAUUUUCAAUGGCUAUUGCUGAGUUGACAGAUAAAGAGACACAUAUUUUGGGAGCCCCAAGAUAUAAACAUAUCGGGAAAGUGGUUGUUUUCUUUUCAAGUGGCAAACAAUUUGAAAUAGAAGGCGAACAGAUUGGUUCAUACUUUGGAGCAGAGGUGUGUACAGUGGAUUUGAAUUCAGACUCCAAAACUGAUUUGCUGCUCAUUGCUGCUCCUAUGUACAGAGACACGCAGAAAGACACAGAAGGCAAAGUCAUUGUUUGUACCUUCGAAAAUGGGCCAUCUGUUUCAUGCACACAAGAUGCCCUGGUGGGGGAGCCAGGGGAGAGGGGGAAAUUUGGGUCAUGUGUGUCGGCUCUUGCUGACCUGAAUGGAGAUGGGAUUUCUGAUGUAGCUGUGGGCGCCCCCUUGGAGGGUAAUGGCCAAGGCAGCCUGUACAUCUUCAGUGGCAAUAGGAGAGGAGUCAACUCAAUUUACUCUCAGAGAAUCCAAAGCUCCUCCAUAAAAAAAGGACUGCAGUACUUUGGUCAGUCUGUCAGUGGCUCUCUGGACCAAAGUGAAGACAUGCUUCCAGAUAUAGCAGUGGGCUCCAAAGGGGAGGUUCUUCUUCUCAGGUCCAGACCAGUGGUGUCAGUGGGCUUGACAGUGUCCUACAGCCCAAGCAAAAUCCCCACCGGCAGCUCUGAAUGUACCAAGAUCCCCAUUACGGCCACUGUCUGCUUCACUAUGCAAAAACUCACUCGGGACAAAAUAGCCGUGAAAGCACAGAUUUCUUAUGCUCUCACUCUGGAUGCCACUCGAUCUCGCUUUCGUGCCCAUUUCUCCUCCAACAAUCGCACACAAGAGAAAGUCAUCCUAAUUAAACAACAGCAUUGUAAUGAAGAAAAGUUUUUCAUUGCUGAGUGCCCAGAAGAUGCUUUGAAUCCCCUGUCCAAUGAAAUAAAGUUCCAUUUUUAUGGUCUGGCUUCUGAGGAUAAGUACGGUCUUGCCCCAGUCCUUGACCAACAAUCUACAACUACAUACCACCCAUUAGACUUUGAGAUAGACUGUGGGACAGAUAACAAGUGUGUUGAUGACCUCAAAGUGGAUUUCAAUUUCUCCGGAGCGUCGGAGGUGCAGGUUGGCAUAGCGCUGGUGUUAAACGUGACAGUAUUCAUGGAGAACAGGGCGGAAAACUCCUACAGUACCCACGUCAAUUUCACCUACCCGGCAGGCCUGUCAUACAGGAGGGUUACCGUGGUGCAGGAUCCCUCCCGGAGAACCACAGUGCAGUGCAGUGCCUCAGACAGCGAGGACCGAACCACCCCAGGAAAGAGCGUCUGCUUCAUCAACAGGCCCAUUUUCAGAAGCAACACCCGCGCCCUCUUUAUAAUUUCUUUUGGAAUAGAUGGAAACAGUCACUAUGACAGAAGUGUGACGUUCACUGCCAAUGCCACAAGUGGGAAUGAGCUGCACAGUGGCAGUGAAAAUUUCAAAAUGGACAAGAUUAAUGUAAAAUACAACAUUUACAUGCUGAUCAAGGGACUGGAUGACACAACCAGCUACAUUAAUUUCACAGCUGGUAAGAAUGACUUAACGAGACCAGUGCUGCAUUCAUUUGAGGUUGUGAAUUAUAUCAGAGACCUUAAUGCUACAGUGAUAUUUAAGGUGCCAAUUAAACUGGGAGGAAAAAAUAUCUGGAGUGAUGCAAACAGACUUCAGAUUCCAGGUUGCCAGAUAGAAAGAGAUGAGAAACCUAAAGUCAAUAAUUUUGUAGAGGUGCUGAAGAACAAGCCCACUGUGGAUUGCACUGUCUCAGUUUGUAGAGUGAUAAAGUGCAGUGUGUACCUGAGGAAGGAUGGUCAUUAUUCUUACAACUUCUCUGGUGAAGUUAGCUCAGGUUGGAUUGAACAGACACAACUUACCUCACUACAUUUGGUCAGUAGAGCUGUUUUCGAUUAUGACCGAAACCAGUUUAUUUAUACAGCCUCAUCUUCUCAGAACAACCCGCCUGUCACUGAGGUUGCUACUCGUGUGGAGGUGUACACUGAAGCUGACUUCACAAAGGAGAUAAUAGGGUCUGCCAUGGGGGGUCUACUGCUACUUGCUCUGAUCACUGCUGGGCUUUACAAGGCUGGGUUUUUCAAAAGUCGGUACAAGCAGAAGAUGGAGAACACAGAGGACGGGGCAGGGGAAGCAGAUGCAGCCUCAGGAGAGGAUGGAACUGCAACUCCAGCCUCUGAAUAGGCACAAUGCUGUGCCACUGCAUGGCAUGACAGCAGA